AUGGCUACCACCAACGGUGAAACGGUCCAGGCCCGAGUCCUCUGUCCGGAGAAACUGUCCCCGGAUGGCCUCGCCCUCCUUCGCAAAACCCUCAUCGUCGACGAGAAGCAAGGUCUAACCCCUGAGCAACUCAUCUCGAUCAUUCCGGAAUACGAUGCACUUCUUGUGCGCUCUGAGACAAAAGUCACGAAUGAUCUCUUAAAAGCAGCCCGAAAAUUGAAGGUAGUCGCCCGAGCGGGUGUCGGUGUCGAUAAUGUCGAUGUACCCGCUGCCACGAGGCUGGGCAUUGUCGUGGUGAAUUCCCCCAGUGGAAAUAUACAGGCAGCCGCGGAACAUACUAUUGCUCUUUUGAUGAGCAUGGCCAGGAAUGUCCCCGACGCUUGUGCGAGCGUCAAGGCCGGGAAAUGGGAGAGAAGCAGGCUUGUCGGCGUGGAGGUCAAGGGGAAGACGUUAGGUGUGGUGGGACUAGGGAAAGUCGGCCUGAUUGUCGCUCGAAUGGCUCGCGGCCUAGGUAUGAAUGUGGUGGCAGCAGAUCCCUAUGCUUCUCCGUCAGUGGCUGCUGCCGCCAACGUCCACCUAGUCGAAUCUCUGUCUGAGCUCCUGCCUGUCGUUGAUUUCCUGACCAUUCACACACCAAUGCUUGCUGCCACACGCGGCAUGCUGUCCACAUCCGAACUCAACUCGAUGAAACGGGGGGCUCGCAUCCUCAACGUGGCCCGUGGGGGCAUCAUCGACGAAGAGGCCCUUCUUGCUGCGUUGGAAUCUGGACAGAUAGCCGGCGCGGCAAUCGAUGUGUUUACUUCGGAACCACCCCACAAAGACCCAAAGUCCUCUGCAGCCAGACUUGUCCAACAUCCCAAGUGUAUCGCAACUCCACAUCUCGGUGCCUCGACGGUUGAAGCACAAGAAAACGUCUCCAUCGACGUCUGUGAACAGGUCCUACAGAUCCUGGGCGGGGAUCUACCCAGAAGCGCCGUCAACGCGCCCAUCAUUCUACCCGCCGAGUACAAGACUCUCCAACCUUUCGUGCGGCUCGUGGAAAAGAUGGGAUCUUUGUACACGCAGCACUUCACCUCCCCGACGCAACCCCUCCAUCAAAGGAACAUGAACACGUUUGACCUGAUCUACGAGGGUGAGAUAGCGAACAUGUCGAGUACGAAACCGCUCUUCGCGGCUCUAAUCAAAGGGCUGACACUGCCCAUUUCCGACGCGGAGGGAUUCAACGUCAACAUCGUCAACGCCGAGAUGGUCGCCAAAGAGAGAGGGAUAUUCGUCAACGAGCAAAAGUCGCGAGAUCCGUCCACGCAGGCGUACUCGAGCUUGGUGACCCUCGUCGCACGGCCCGCCAGCAGAGCUCCGUCCCUGAGUCGACAUUCCAGUGCCCUCGAAGGGCUCUCGAUAUCAUCCAAUACGGUGGCGGGGGACCAGCAAGGGCAACCUGCUAGCAAGCAGCACAUAAUUUCGGGCUACUGCAGCGACAACUCGCCCUUCAUUUCCCGGCUCGAUCGCUUCGCCACCUCCUUUGUGCCUGACGGUACCCUGCUGAUCUGCCACAACUACGACUCCCCCGGGAAGAUUGGCGUCGUGGGCAGCAUCCUCGGCCGAGAAGGUGUCAACAUCAACUUCAUGAGCGUGGCACCCGCAACGUUCUCCCAUACUGGGGCCACAAAGGGCCUCGCAGCACCCAAAGAGACGACCGAGGCGCUCAUGAUCCUGGGCGUGGACAAGGAGGUGGACGAGAACGUCAAGAGAGAGCUAGUGGGAGCAAAGGGCGUGCUGAGCGUCAGCAGCGUCACUCUUUAG